AUGAGAGUUCUCUCGGCAAACUUGUUUGCCGUGCUCAUAAUGUGCGCCCUCGCAAGUGUUUUCUACGUCUGGAGCGCACUGGAGGACCGUUUGGAGAGACACAAACGGGGCUUUUCAACACCGGGCGAAGGGUCUUUUCACCAAGGUCUCCCAGAGGACCUCUCAGCCAAAACUUUCCGAUCACUGCUUGCGGUUCCGGCUCAACACAGAAAGAACUCGGGUGGUGGAUUUGUGGCUCGCAACGUCACCAAUCAACCUGUCUCUGUGGGAAGUCGAGAUUACCUUGUGAAUGGGGAUAACAGGUCCGCGCAGCGUGAGAGUCCGGUCAAGACGGGCUCCCCAGUGGACGAUGGGAUAUUCUGGAGUAAAUGGCUCGAGGAUCUGCUCCCUGCAGGAUUCACGGAGGAAUACGCUGAGGACUGGAGGCAAAAAGCGAGGACAUCCCGAGUGGUGAAACUGGAGCCUGGAUGCGGCAGGAUAUCCAAUCAGCUCGCCACCUUUGCGGAUGGAACUAAAGCCUGCGUGCGUUACGGAAUAAACGCGGACCAAGUGCAGGGAGAAACUUUGACGUAUUACCUAGCCAGGCUGCUCGGCAUCAGAAACCUGCCUCCCCUGGUACUGUCGCAGCUCGACGGCGAGAGCGAGCAAUGGGCGGAUGUGAGGUCGCGGAUAGAGAGUUUGCAGUGGAGCGGUCGAGCGGUGGUUUCCCUCACAGAGUGGAUCUCCAACCUGACCGGAGUUGUCACACCUGCGCCGCUCAGGCAGGAGAGCAGCGGGCUGCACGCCACCCUGGAAGGACUCCACAACAAGACGGUGGGAGAGCUGCUGGAGCUGAUGCAGUGGACCGACCUGAUCAUAUUCGACUACCUGACGGCAAACUUCGACCGACUCGUGAGCAAUCUGUUCAGCCUGCAGUGGGACUCGCGCGUCAUGGAGAGGGAGACCAACAACCUCCUCAAAACGUCCAAGGGCGACCUCGUGUUCAUAGACAACGAGGCCGGGCUGGUGCACGGCUUUCGGGUGUUGGACAUGUGGGAGAAAUACCACGCGUCGGUCCUGAACUCUUUGUGCGUGUUCAGGAAAAGGAGCACGCAGCGCGUGGCCGAGCUGCACAGGCGCGGGGACUCCAGGCAAAGGCUGCUGGAGCUCUACCGACACAGCGAGCCUUUGUCUCAGGAACUGGGAUUUCUCUCGGAUGAACACGCGGGUGUUCUCCAGGACAGGAUAGACAGAUUACACGAACACAUUUCGCAUUGCAAAGAAAAGUACAGCCGGCUAUGA